AUGAAGCGGUUCGAGUGGCUGAUGAUCCUAGCGUGCAUCGCGUCCUCCACGGCGGCUGCUACCCAACGACGACGGCGGCACAGCAUCGUGGAGGCGGCACCUACCACCGCCAGCAACAGCGAUUGGAGCCUGGGACUGGGACUCGGUCCGGAGAUGAGUCUGGUGCGACGAGUGUACGAUGAUUGUCAGGACAAGAACGACUUCAUUGGCUGCCUCAAGCAGAAGGCGCUGCACGCGCUGUCGCGCGCCCUCGACCAGGAAUCCAUUAAGAUCAUGGAUGGCCUGGUGCUGGAGAAGCAGAACCAGACCGACACCGAGAGCAUCCUGGGCUCCCUCACGGAUGCCCGGCAGUUUGGCAGCCUCUCCCCCAUAGACCGCGCUCUGCUCGCCAAAGCCGACAAGCUGCUGCGGACCCACACGCUGAAGCUGGACAUGGACAUGGGCAUGGGCAAGGAGUCGGGCAUGGCGGUGGGACGCGGCCAUGAUAAGAAGAAGAAACACAAGGAUGGUGGCCACAUCAAGUAUGUGAUUGCCGCCUUGCUUACGGCCAUGGGUAUCGCCGGUCCGCUGGGCCUCAAGGCCCUGGCGGCGAUCGCUGGCAAGGCGCUAGUGAUCAGCAAGGUGGCUCUGACCAUAGCCGGCAUCAUAGCGCUGAAGAAGCUCUUCUCGCACGACCACAGCGAAGAGACGAGCUUCCAGGUCCAUGCAGGCGAACACAAUAGGCGCAACACCUACGUCAUUCGACCCGUGUCCAAAACGAACGCCGGCAUGGGUGUGACCGCAGCCGGUGGCAGCUCUUCGGUGGAUCCAUAUCGCUACUACUACGAGUCCCAGAUGCAGUAA